AUGCAAGUUGAAGACCUUUAUUUCUGGAUCGAUUCGGAAGCGAAACUCUCGGCUUCAGGGUCAAAGGUCGCAACCCUUGAGUUUGGAGAAAAACCGUUGCCAGCAUGCAAAGAACAACAAGUCGUUCUGUUGCUGCCCCCGGGUAUGGCGAUCACGGACUUUAGAACUCUGGGAUUGUGGUCACCUUCCAAGUCGGUUUCCUACGGCUACAUUCGACUGCCGGACCACACAAAUCCACCAAGGGCGCAGUUCCUUCCAUCCGGCCUCAAAGCGACUUUGAAGGGACUUCGCUACAACGCCGGCUCCGGUCCGAUGCUCGUGAUGGAUCGAAGGACGGUCAAAAUCUACGGACUUAGGUUCGAUGGCAACAAGGCACCAGAUACAUAUUUCUUUGUGGGCAAAGGCGACGAGCCCAGAAGAGGAGCCGGGGUGAAAGUACCCGUGCGUGGGAAAGACACAGCCGACAGUAUUACCAGUCUCAGCGAGGCUUAUACUGGUGACAAGGAUGUGGUGAUCGAACUUCCAGCAGACCACGACAUUUACAACAUCGACUGGAUCAGCCUUUACUGUUACCGGUUCGCGGUAAAUUUUGCCCAUGUGACGGUGCACAAUUUGUCCAGCCACAUUCCGCCUUACAUACCCCCUAAGACUGACACAAACGCGUUCGACGCUAAGCAAGUGGAACCCUGGCCGGUGGUUACUCUUCUCGGAAGAGGGAGAAACACCAACUUUACCUUCCAACUGGGGCCGCCUGGAGGUCAAAAAGGCUACCAGUCUUAUGCAAGAGUAAAAUCUGCGCCUUACGUUUGGUACAUCAACGGAUACAUGGCUCCGGAAAUCUGGCUGCAGAGAGGAGUUCAGUACAAUUUCCUAAUCAACGGAGGAGACAAUCCUUCAGAGGAGGGUGAGUUCAACCCGCUGUAUAUAUCUGACGAUCCAUAUGGGGGCUUUGAUAAAUUGCCGGAGGAAGACAAAAAGCUUAUAACCGUAUAUGCCGGAAUAGACCAGAAUUACAAGCCGCUGGUGAGAGGCAACCUGAAAUCUGCUGGCAGACUGUGCCUGUGGAAUUACCGUAACCCUGCUGAAGACGCAGAUGCACACGCGACCUUUCGCAGCUUCAAGCAAACUCUGGAACUCGUGUGUGACAACGGAAAAUCUGGAUAUUUAACAUGGACUCCGGACAGCAAAACACCAGAUGUAUUAUAUUACCAGAGCUAUGUAAACUUUAAUAUGGGCUGGAAAAUUAUGGUCACCGACGAAAUUCCAGCCGAACUCCCUGAUGCGGAUGAGGAAACGUACCAAUACACCGAAAAGAAGAUCAUACCUCCUAUCAAGAAUCGGCCGAGUGCUACAUCCGUCGAACAACUGCUAAAGCCAGACGACAAUGGCUCCUUCCGACAACAAUAUGCCCCAUUAGUCGUUUUCGUAACUGUUGUUCUGGCCGAAACUGUAAAGGCGCUGCUCUGA